AUGGGCUACUGGUUCCAAUGCUUCGUUUUCGAUGUGAUCGGUCUGAUUACCUACUCCAAGCGUCCUGGGUUCUUGGACAAGUGUGGUGAUGUUGGCAGUAUCAUCAAAACGAUAGAUAACGAGAUGGCGUACUUUGCUUUCGUUGGUCAAGGUACUGGCCACACAUACUUGAUGAACUUCACCAAGAACACAGUAAUUGGUCAUCAAAGUCGACUAAGUCGUGUCGCCACUGAAGAUGCUGAAGCGAACAAAGUACCACUCGACUUCUUCUCCAAGUUCUUCAGGAAGCAUGUAACCGAUCCUGGCAAAUUUACUAUGUAUCAUGUGCUCGCAGGUUGCGCAUCCAGCAUAGUGAGGCCUCAGACUUUGCAACGACUGCGAGAUGAGAUACAGCAAAACACCGGCAGCGGAGGUAUGACACGGGCUCAGAGCCAGGGCAUGCCAUACCUGCAGGCAGUGACAAAAGAGGCGUCGAGAUUACAUGCAGCCGUGGCAUUGCCAAUGGAAAGAGUGGUUCCUCAGGGUGGCGUUGAGAUCUGUGGCUACUACUUUCCUGGAGGUAAUUAUGUAAGCAUCAAUAACUGGGUAUAUCACCGCAGCAAAGCCAUAUUUGGCCAAGAUGCUGAAGGGUUGAAAUUCUAA